CUCUACAACAAUAACAAAAGCAACUGCAUGCAUUCAAACACACACGCACACGUGUAUACAAACGUAGGGAACGGCAUUGCAGCCACUUUAAAUGCACAACGGCAACACUAGCGACUACGUCAACAUCAUCUCGGCGACAGCAGCAGCAGCAGCAGCGCAGUUGACGCGCUGCAGCAUCCAUAGAGGAUUAUCUAGAUAGCGUAUACGCGCUUGGAAAUCAAAUGAGAAGCUGUAGCUGGCAAGAGGCGACUUCAAGCGCAAAUUCGACUGUCUGUCACACUGUUAGCUCACCUGUAACCGUUUCCUACCCCGCGCACAUAAGCUAUGUAGCUCCAAGCAGCAGCAUCGUCAACGUAUAGACAUAUGUACAUAUGUAGACGCUUUGCUCGCCGUUGACGUUCGCCUGACACGAUUGUGUAUAGCGGCGUUAUUUUAUUGCUUGCUAUACGCGCUUACCUUUCUUACCUGUCAAACCUGUUUUCAACACAUAACAUCCGCCCGUUCGCUUCGUUGCGCUGUGUCUCCUACACAUCCACUUGCGACUCCUCUUCUCGGCUGCGUCACGACUGCGACGUCGUCAUCAGAAAACCAGUCAGCAGUCAUUGCUGUCUGUCUCUUACCUCUCCCAUUAUACCAUAUUUCAAUAUCAACCAUCAUCGAUAUCGCCAAUGGGUAGUUUAAAUGUGUUUGUGUGUAUUGUUUGCUUUAAACGUUUCUCUUGAAAUACGGCUAUAAAACAGAAUUGGUUAAGAAAAGAAAAGAAAACAAAAAACUUGCAUAAGAAAUAUUACAAACAAAUUGCGAAGCGAGAAAAAAACGUAAAAAACGAAAACAUUUAAGCAACGUCAGCUCAAAAGGUACACAACAGAGCACAAACAAGCGAGCGUGUCUGCUUAAGUGCAAAAUAAGUGCAGAAAUUUAUUGAAUUCAAAAUGACUACUACUAACCAAAAAUACGACUAAGGGUCGCCCUCAAAUAACAAACUAAUAAUUCAAAGACCAAAAAAAAAUUUGGCAAUCGAAGCUAAUAACAAAAUAACAAAAAAAAAAGUUGUGCAACCCAAUUUGCACAAACUUUUUGCCGUUCGCAGAGGCGCAUGCUUGCGCAGAGUGGGAGGAAGAAGAGUGAAAAUGUUAUAAAAGUGCAUAGAAAAUUUAACUAACUAACAACAACUAACAAAGCAAGUAGUGUUCUAAAUAAUGUCUGUGUAACAGCCAAAAGUAAUGCAAAAAGUGUAAAAACAUCAAAAUUAACACAACCGCAAUCAAUACUUACUGUUCGAAACGGUUGCACUCAAUCACCAGUAACACCACCACCACCACCACCACCACUCAGCAUUGCACCAGCGACACCAACAGUGUUUCAGUUGCAAUUAGAAUAACAAUAAAAAAUAAACACAUCAAUCAAGUGCAACGUGAAAGCAACUGACUGUAGUAGCAAAAGUAGCAACAAAAACAGCAUCAACCUAAAAACCACCAACAAAAGCAACAGACAACGAUUGCAUUUAUAGUCAGUCGCUCAAAGUAGACGACGACGAAGACCAUUUUGUGUCGCAACUACUUGGUAAGUGCACUGCAUGGAACAACUCUGCCAGCAAAGCCAUCUUUAAUAUUAACAACAACAACAACAACAACAAAAUAAGCAGCAGCAACAAUUAACAUCAAUAUGAUUGCGAUGUGGAGAUACUUUUUAAUCGGACUCACAUUAUCCACAUUAACAUACUCACAGGCAGAUGAAUCGCUCGAUACACGAGAAAAUGCCGAUUUGACAUUAAAAUGUCGCUUCACCGAUCAUUACGAUGCAAAUGAUUUCACAUUUUAUUGGGCGCGUUGGACCGCCAAUCCGGCGCAGUUCGAAAAUGUGGCCAUACAUGAUGUCCCGCUGAAUUCGGGCUAUAAUUGGUAUCGCGAGGGUACCAAUACUCCGCUACAGGCUGCCGUCCGCACGGGCGGCUCAAAGGAUCAGCCCACAAAUGCAACAUUGACGCUGCAACCGCGUCGCGAGGACGAUGGCGCCAAAUACAAGUGUGUCGUACGGAAUCGUGCAAUGAACGACGGACAACGGUUAGAGGCAACCGCAACUUUAAAUGUUAACUAUUUCCCGCGCGUUGAUGUCGGUCCGGAAAAUCCACUUCGUGUGGAACGUGAUCGCACUGCCAAAUUGGAAUGUAAUGUCGAUGCGAAGCCGAAAGUGCCUAAUGUACGUUGGACACGCGAUGGCCGCUUCAUUAGUUCCUCCCUGGUGCAUACCAUACAUCGUGUUAGCUCGCAGGAUGGUGGCAAAUACACAUGCUCAGCAGAUAAUGGACUCGGCAAGUCGGGCGAAAGUGUGCUCAUACUUGAUAUACUGUAUCCGCCCACCGUUGUAAUAGAGUCGAAAACGCGUGAGGCUGAGGAAGGCGAAACGGUUAAUAUCCGUUGCAAUGUGACCGCAAAUCCAUCGCCAAUUACCAUCGAAUGGCUGAAGGAGGGCUCACCCGAAUUCCGUUACUCGGGCGAAGUGCUCACACUGUCGUCGGUGCGUGCCGAGCAUGCAGGCAAUUACAUCUGUCGUGCUGUGAAUAUAAUGGAAUCUUAUGGACAAGAACGCAGUGAACGCGUUGGCAAUUCCACGGUGGCAUUGUUGGUGCGUCAUCGCCCUGGUCAGGCAUUCAUAACACCGAACAAGCCGAUUGUGCAUGUGGGCAACGGUGUAACGCUCACUUGCUCAGCUAAUCCGCCCGGUUGGCCAGUGCCACAGUAUCGCUGGUUCCGCGACAUGGACGGCGAGUUCUCUAGCACACAGAAGAUAUUGGCGCAAGGGCCACAGUACUCGAUACCGAAAGCUCACUUGGGAAAUGAGGGGAAAUACCAUUGCCAUGCUGUAAAUGAGUUGGGAAUUGGCAAGAUGGCUACAAUUGUGCUUGAGAUCCAUCAACCGCCGCAGUUCCUCGCUAAACUGCAGCAGCACAUGACGCGUCGGGUGGCCGACACAGACUACGCCGUCACGUGCAGCGCUAAAGGCAAGCCGGCGCCAAGCAUACGCUGGCUCAAGGACGGCGUGGAAAUCCUGCCUGAGCUAAAUCUGUAUGAAGUGAAAACCAAUCCAGAUCAGGGUCCCAACGGCAUGGUGACCGUGCAAAGCAUGCUGAAGUUCCGCGGCAAAGCGCGCCCCAACGGCAAUCAGCUAGUGCCCGGCGAUCGCGGCCUCUACACUUGUCUGUAUGCCAACGAGGUGAACUCGGCCAACUCGAGCAUGCAACUGCGCAUUGAGCACGAGCCCAUUGUGCUGCAUCAGUACAACAAGGUGGCCUUCGAUAUACGCGAAACCGCCGAGGUGGUGUGCAAGGUACAGGCCUACCCCAAACCCGAAUUCCAAUGGCAGUUCGGCAAUAACCCCUCACCGCUUACAAUGUCCUCCGAUGGGCACUACGAAAUCAGCACCACCACUGACAAUAACGACAUCUACACCUCGGUGCUGCGCAUCAACUCGCUGACACACGCCGAUUACGGCGAGUACACCUGCCGUGUGGUAAACUCACUGGACACGAUACGCGCGCCCAUACGCCUACAACAGAAAGGACCACCCGAGAAGCCGACCAACACACGCGCCGUAGAUGUGGGCUCCAAUUAUGUCACGCUCAGCUGGGAUCCGGGCUUCGAUGGUGGACUGAGCAACACCAAAUUCUUUGUCAGCUAUCGCCGCGUGCCUAUGCCGCGCGAGGAGCAACUGAUACCCGACUGCGCCACAAUCGCCACAAGCAACACUGAUUGGUUGGAAUUCGACUGCCAGCGUGACAAUCCCUGCAAGGUCACCUCACUAGACCAGCAUCAAAGCUAUGCUUUCAAGGUGAAUGCACUCAACACAAAAGGCAACUCGCCAUACUCCAACGAAAUAAUGACCACCACUAAGGUGAGCAAAAUCCCACCGCCUCUGCACGUCACCUACGAUCCGAAUACGCACACCUUGGGCAUCAAUGUGGGCGCCACCUGUCUCUCGCUGGUCGCCAUUGUCGAGUCAAUGGUGAACAUGGACACACCGAUGGCACAGUGGGAGGUUGUCGACACAGUGAGUUUGCAGCUUUCCGGCAAUGGACCGACAUUUAAGGAGACCGUGAUUAAUCGCUCCAUACCGGCAUAUCGCAGUGGCGGCGGACGCUCGCUGGGGCACAAUCACCUAAGUGGUCAUGGCGGUGAUGGUGAUGGCGAUGGCGAUGAUGACGAUGAUGAUGUCGACAUGAAUACACUGGCAUUGGAGGAUGAUAAUAGACCGACUGUGCGUGUGAAACUAUGCCUGCGAUCGAAUCAGGAGCACUGCGGCAAGCACACCAAUGCGGAAAUUGGCCGCACGUACAUCGCUGAGGCAUCCGCCCUGGCCACACCCACCCUGAUCGCCAUAAUCGUCUCUUGUAUUGUAUUCGCAUUAUUUGUCGGUUUAUUGUUGAUGUUCUGUCGUUGCAAACGCAAUCAAUCGAAAAAGAGUGCUGCCGCCAAGGAUUACGAAAUGGACUCGGUGCGUCCGUCGAUUGUUGCUGCCCAGCAGAGUCAGCCGCCGCCGCCAUACUAUCCGGCAAGUGGACUCGAUAACAAAGCACUUGAACAUUCGAUGGAUCUCGCCUUGGGCAUGGAGGACCAGAAGAGUGCACUUUACGCAACACAAAAUGGCUAUAGCUAUCACCCGGGUAGUGGCGUUGGUGUUGGCGUUGGCGGCGGUGGUGGUGUUGGUGUUGGUGUUGGUAUGCAAGGCCUAACGGGACACACGAUGCCGGGAAAUGAAUGGGUUAACAUGGGCUACAUCGAGAACAAUUACUCCAAUUCGAACAAUGGCGGCAGCGUCAAUUCACAAGACUCGCUGUGGCAAGUGAAAAUGCCCGCCGCCACAGGCGCUCAACAGAGUAUGGUCGUGCCGGCCACACACAACAACUACGUCGAACAUCAGCCCACCUACGGCUAUGACCCACUGACGCAUGGCGGCUAUGGCGCUGUCGACGACUACGCACCCUAUCCACACUUGACGGCGACGCCAAGUCAACAUGGCGAUGAAUAUCAUAAUUUACGCAAUAGCCAGAAUCCAUCCAUACAGGAUUACUGCAGCGAUCCAUAUGCCUCGGUGCAGAAGCCGAAGAAACGUGUUGAUCAGCAUUUAGGUAAGUGAAAUGAAAAGCUGAUA